GGAGGUGGGCUUGCAGCUUUUCCCUUGCAUAAGUAGUAGAGUGAUUCCUUGCGGUUAGUUUGUUGGUUGGUCAGUUGGGGAUUUGGCUUUUGGACUCUGGGCAGGGCAGUGUGGCCUAAUGGCUUUGCCAUAUUCUCUAGUUCUGAUCUUCCUUCUCUUUUGCUUGUCUUCUCCUCCUCCUCUCUCCAAUGCCCAGCACAACCCUCUCAAUCACCGCCACCACCGUCUCUUUUCCGGUCAGAACUACUCAGACGCCCUCUCCAAAUCCAUCCUCUUCUUUGAAGGGCAAAGGUCAGGGAAGCUCCCUCCUGACCAAAGGAUCACUUGGAGGGGGGACUCUGCUCUCUCUGAUGGAUCAACCUUGCAUGUUGAUUUGGUGGGAGGGUACUAUGACGCAGGAGACAAUGUGAAGUUUGGGUUCCCCAUGGCUUUCACAGCCACAAUGCUCUCUUGGAGUGCGAUUGAGUUUGGUGGGUUGAUGCAAGCAGAGUUGCAGAAUGCAAGAGAAGCCAUUCGCUGGGCUACUGAUUACCUUCUCAAAGCCACUGCCGAACCAGACACCAUACAUGUCCAGGUGGGGGAUGCAAACAAGGACCAUGCCUGUUGGGAGAGGCCUGAAGACAUGGACACCCCAAGAAAUGUGUUGAAGGUGGACAGAAACAAUCCUGGUUCAGACGUAGCAGCUGAAACUGCAGCUGCUCUCGCUGCUGCUUCUUUGGUGUUCAGGAGAUCUGACCCCACUUAUGCCAAACUUCUUCUCGGGAGGGCCAUCAGGGUGUUCGAGUUUGCUGAUAAGUACAGAGGGGCCUACAGCAAUGGGAACUUGAAAAGCUUCGUCUGCCCCUUCUACUGCUCUUACUCUGGUUUCCAGGAUGAGCUGCUGUGGGGGGCUGCUUGGUUGCACAGAGCCAGCAAGAACCAGACAUAUCUCAACUACAUUCAAGUGAACGGGCAGAACCUUGGGGCGGAUCAAAGUGACACUACUUUUGGGUGGGAUAACAAGCAUGUUGGUGCCAGGAUUCUGCUCUCGAAGGCAUUUCUUGUCCAAAAGGUCCAAUCUCUCCAUGAGUACAAAGGCCAUGCAGAUAACUACAUCUGUUCCCUCCUACCAGGGCCCUCCUCUCAAGCCCAAUACACUCCAGGUGGGCUUCUGUUCAAGAUGAGUGACAGUAACAUGCAGUAUGUGACCUCCACCGCCUUCGUUCUUUUAACCUACGCAAAGUACUUGACCUCCGCCCAUAACGUCGUCAAUUGCGGCGGCGCAGCCGUCUGCCCCAAAAGCCUCCGGACCUUGGCCAAGAAACAGGUGGACUACUUGCUAGGAGACAACCCCAAGAAGAUGUCGUACAUGGUGGGGUACGGCGGCAGGUACCCACUGAGGAUCCACCACCGAGGAUCCUCUCUGCCGUCGGUGGCGUCGCACCCGGCCAAGAUACAAUGCUCGUCCGGCUUCAGCAGCUUCAAUUCCGAGUCCCCAAAUCCCAACAUCCUGGUGGGGGCCGUGGUGGGUGGGCCCGACCAACAAGACCAGUUCGCCGACCAACGCUCCGACUAUCAGCAGUCGGAACCGGCGACUUAUAUCAACGCACCCUUCGUCGGAGCUCUGGCUUAUCUGGCUCACUCGUUCCCCCACCUCUAAAUUAAACUGAACCAGCCUUGCCUUGCCCAGCCCACAGUAUCUGUGAUCCGAUCUAUUUUACGUAGCCCAUCUUGUUUGUAUUUGGAAAGGGUUUCUACUGGUUGGACUGCUGGGGGCUUUGCUCCGGUGUCAGAAAUGGCGUUUGUAUGAAAAGCUUUCUAAUUGUUUUGAGUGGUCCCCAUACUCUCUCUAUAUAUAUGGGGUUUAGGGUUUAAAACUUCGAAGGCAUUGGCCUCUGAAACUGCUCUUGGAAGUGGGUCUAAAUGGUCAAAAAGCUGCAUUUUGGGCUGGCAUUUGGCAGU